AAAAACGAAACGAAAAAAAAAAUGGAUAUCAACUUAGCGAAUCGUAUCGCACGUGAAUGUUUGGCACAGUUUGCAAAGCUUCCGAAAGCGGGCAAACCAAACGAAUCGUUCGAGUGGACCAUCCUGUCGGCGAUCGUGCUCGUCACCCCAGCCCACCAGGCUGCGCCCAGCGACAUCCGCGUGGUUGCACUCGGUACCGGCACCAAGUGUUUGCCCGGCAACGAGCUUAGCCCUCGGGGCGAUCGUGUGCACGAUAGCCACGCGGAAGUGCUAGCCCGCCGUGCCUGCGUGCGCUACCUGUACGAACAGAUCGAGCAAGCGUUGCUGGCGGAGGAAGGCCAGCCGAAGGAAAGCAUAUUUGAGCGACAAACGGUAGCCGGCGGAGGUUGUGGCAAAUUUGUGCUGAAGAACGGCCAUUCGUUUCACUUCUUCACCACGCACAGUCCGUGCGGCGAUGCGAGCAUAUACGAGCGGGAGGAGGAUGCACUGUUGCCCGCGAAAAGGGCACGACGAACCGACGAAGCGUGUUCCGACCGGGCCGGUGAAGAAACGACCGUUGGGUGUUGCAUCGGCGAAGACCGUACGGCGGUGGGAAUGACGGGCGGCAAGCUGCUCGAGCCGGAAGCACACGGUGACCUGAUGGCGCAAACGAUCGGUGCGGUCCGCACGAAACCGGGCCGGGGCGUGCGGACGGCUUCCGUUUCCUGCAGCGAUAAGCUGGCCCGCUGGAACGUGCUCGGUGUGCAGGGCGGCCUGCUAAUGAUGCUGCUCGGCCGGCCCAUCUAUCUGGACGGGGUGGUGGUGUGCGACGGGACGGACCACUCGGUGGUGGCGCUCGAGCGAGCGAUCUGGGGCCGGUUCGAACGGUGGAAGGAGCCGGCGAUGCGGGAACCGUUCGAGCGACACCACCGUCCGGUGGUCAUUGCGGCCGAUGGGGGUGAGCUGUUUGCGUAUCGGAAAAACCGACCCCACCCCACGAAGGAGGCAGGCGGAAAGUUUCAACCGUCACCGUGUGGAAUCGUUUGGUGCGACGUGAAGGAAAGUGAGCAGUUGCACAGAAAGAUUGAGGAGUAAGAAAGCGACCCAAUUGCACUGGAACAUGCACACAAGCAGUAAUUUAAUUACACACUUUUGCUAUAAUUACGAAUCACCGUGUUCCUCGCGUUGCUCUCGACCGAGCUUACACUACCGUCUACUUGUGUACCGGAGCUGUUUUCCCCAUUGCGGUUUGCUCAAUACACCACAUUUAACCCAGCAGACCCGAAGGCAUUGACUUCGGUUCCUUCUUCAAAUCCCAUCCCAUCAGGGCACAAUUGUAUUUCAAUUGCGGCGUGUCAAUUACCCUUUUGCGUUGGAUUUUCCACCGGAUCACGGAGAAAGCGGGAUUGUUAGAGCGACACAUAAAUAAUUAUUUCUUGCACGAGCGUUUCUGCAAGUGGUGCUGGCAGGGUACAACUGUAAUUUGUCCUUUGGUGGAAAAUAAUAAAGAAAAAGAGAAGAAUCCUUCGGGACGGAUGGAGGCGCCUUGUCGCUGUGCCGUUUGUUCGCGUGUUCGCCCGUGUCGGGUUCGAUUUCACAAUCCCUGUUAAUGGUAAUGAAUGUAAAGUCAUUCCUUUUGUACAUUUACACGCCGUCACACCGUUCUCUCUUCGCCCCGAAGGGGGUUCGGGCUUAAUCCCUCCCUUAGGUGUAUUUUCUUUCCCCCGUUUUUCUCUCUUUCUUGAUUGAAAGCUCCACACCCUUUCCACGUUGCGUUGGGAAGGGUUUCCUCUAUUAUCCGUCUUGAGUGUUGUAUACUCAUUUAUUUUCCACCCCCUCCCUUUCUAGCUGCAUUGCAUCGAGGGUUGUCCCUUCUUUUCCGCCAGCUCGCAAGAAAAGGGGGCGGUUUUAAUAACUUGAUUCAUUCGCUGCAAUUAAUGUUCCUUCUAGCCAUUUCUUUAUGCUCACGCUGUGUCUCUGUAUCUCUGUCUAUUAAUCU